AUGGCUAAAUCUAAGAACCACACCGCCCACAACCAGACCAAGAAGGCUCACAAGAACGGUAUCAAGAAGCCAAAGACUUACAGAUACAGAUCUUUGAGAAACGUUGACGCUAAGUUCAGAAGAAACCACAGAUACGCUUUGCGUGGUACCGCCAAGGCUUUGGCUGCUGCUAAGGAGGAAUAA